AUGUUUGGCCUCAUUAUUACCUUGGCGGUGGUAUCCACCGUCACAGCACUUCCUUCCAGGCUUCCGGAUCCAUCUGAAAUCGCCUUCACGAGCGAUGACCAGUUUGAGGAUUACGUAGACAUCUGGCUUGCGAAUGAGCAAUUACAGUGGUUCAAUCAAACGACAUCAUCAGAACGAAGUGGAUGCACAUUAAGAGUAAACGGUGACUUCGGUCAGCCGCAGCCCGUCUUCAUUAAUAGAGCGAGAAACGUGUUUGUGACUCCCAACGGGAACACUGGGAAUGUUAGGCUGAAUGCCGGAGAAGAGGUCAUAGUCGCUUGCACGGGAGCUAACAGACUUAUUCGUCACCCGAACAUUGGACCUAACGUUCAGACCGCUACUGCUAGAUGUGUUAGCAAUAACUUAGUAUCGGGCGCUGGAUGGUUAAACGGAAAUCAAGCUUUUGGACAACUAACAUGCAACAACGAUGCCGUGUAUGAGACACAGCAAACAGCUCAACGGUGCUUCAAUAACAACGUCGUUGUAAGAUCUGGAUUUAUUGUCAACAAUGUCUUCCACGUUCACUAUUGGUCGUGCUUCGACGUCAACCGAAUGGAAGUACUAUAUGUAUGGUACAACCAAGACAAUACCAAUGCAAUCUUUCAAUCGGGCGUUGAUCGCCCUAGCUGGUUGGCGGGUCCACAUUUCCCUGGCGUAAAUAUUAACGGCAUAUACACGCAAAAUAACCAAAGGACGGUGUUUGCUAACCUAUUAGGUGCCAACAUGGUAGACAGAUAUUUAACAUCUACCCAAUUCUUGGCCCGAGGACACUUAGCCGCUAAGACAGAUUACGUGUUUGCAACUGCACAACGCGCCACAUUCUUCUUCAUCAACGCUGCUCCGCAAUGGCAACCUUUCAAUGCUGGAAAUUGGAUGAGACUUGAAUCGAAUCUUCGGCGUCGUAUUGCUGCUGCCAACUACAACACCGUGAUCUAUACCGGCACUUUUGGUGUUACCCAAUUACGUAACUCGGCUGGCCGUUUAGUUGAUAUCUUUUUGCACACGAACAAUCGUGUCCCUGUACCUUUAUACUUUUAUAAGGUUGUUUACGAUGCAAAUCGUCGUCAAGGCACCGCCUUUGUGAGUAUCAAUAACCCGUACUACACAUUGGCUGAGGCUCGUAAUCUACAAUUCUGCACGGAUAGAUGUCGCAACAACGCCGCCUUUAACUGGAUUAACUGGCAACCAGACAAUAUUAGCGUUGGUUACAGUUUCUGCUGCACUAUACCUGAUUUCAGGAGACGCAUUGCACACGUUCCCAAUUUUAAUGUUGCUAAUGGACUCCUUUCCUAAACA